AUGACAUCGAACAUUGUAGAGUCAUUGAGUGCAACAAACAUAGUUAGUCAUGCAAAUAGAGAUCGUGCAAGGGCGACAAAGACAGAUAUGUCAAGGACAACUGAAGAAAUGUUGAAUGAAAACUACAUUCAGUCUCUGCAUCUAACGGUCAGCCCUGCAAAUGACAACAUAUAUACUAUCACAAAGACAAUAACGCCCUUCUCAGUCAAUUUGGAGAAAGGAACAUACUGCUGCAACAAAGUUCAAAUAGAUAAAAUACCAUGUGCUCAUGUGGUUGCUGUGAUAAGAAAAUGCAACAAAAAUCCUUUAUUGUAUUGCACCAAGUACUACAUGACCGAAACAUACAUCAACACAUACAACCACACUGUUUAUUACAUGACAAAUAAAUAA